AUGAAACUUAUAAUUUUUCAGUCUGUUCUCAGUAAGUCAUCGGUGUCAGUGGGAGAUACAAAAACGGCUGCGCAAAUAGUCAAAAAAAAUGAUGUUGCACCGGCCGAUGGCGUAAUGUCCGCAAAACAGAACUGGGCUCGAAUUUCUUUAAUUGUAAGAAAUAAAAAUAAAGGUGAGCCAGAAUCUGCGCACGGCGAGCGGCUUUCAUCGAUUUUGAAGCAUAAAGUAUCAAAAUUACGCACCGAAGGCAAACGUUUGUCAUUGUGGAGUUCGGCAGCCGAAUUUGUCAGGUUCACGAGCGAAACUUCGACAAAGAAAGAAUCUUCUCAAGUGAAAUCGAUGAAGUAUCGCAGACAGUGUACUCUGGAAUGGGAAUUUUUAGCUGUUAUCCUGGAUCGAGUAUUUCUGUUCUUCUUCACGGCAGUCAGCCUGCUUAUUACUAUUGGUUUGAUUAUUACAGCACGGCUGGCCCAGCCAAGCAUCAUCGAUGCUUUAGAAAAUAAGCAGCAAUAA